AUGAAGUUUCCUUGGACUAUACUGCUGUCUCUAGCAGGGACACUUCCCAGGCUUCUCGCUGCAAGUCCUGCCUCCAACCCCCCGUAUGAAUUAUCCACCCUUGGCCAAGAGCACAUCCCCCGGCCAGUUAGCCGACACUUCGAAAUCGACGGCAAAGUCCAGUACUUUGCAGGGACAAACUGCUGGUGGCUCGGGAACCUCCUCAACGAUUCCGAGGUGGAACUAGCCAUUUCCCAAAUUGCAGAUACCGGCUACAAAGUCGUCCGAACAUGGGGCUUCUUCGGCGUCAAUGAUCCCACGAACCCCGGUCAGCCGGUUUACUACCAGGUCCUGAAUCAGUCGUUGUACGAGGGCGGGCUUGGUAUUAACUACGGCUCGAAUGGAAUCCCCCGCCUCGACACCGUCGUCUCCCUCGCCGAGAAAUACAACCUCAGGCUCGUCCUCGCCCUAAUGAACAACUGGGACGAUUUCGGCGGGAUCAACAUCUACAGCGCUGCAUUCGGCAGUAACGCCACGAGCUGGUAUACCGAUCCGCUCAGCCAGAGCGCGUAUCGGCGGUAUAUCCAGUUCAUUGUGGACCGGUACAAGGACUCGCCGGCGAUUUUUGCGUGGGAGCUCGGUAAUGAGCCGCGCUGUAAGGGGUGUGAUAGUGGGGUUAUUUACGAGUGGGCGAGGGGGGUUAGUGGGUUUAUUAAACGGUUGGAUGGACGGCAUAUGGUUACGCUGGGGGAUGAGGGCUGGUUGUGUCCGCCGGAAGGGGAUGGGACGUAUGCGUAUGAUUGUUCGGAGGGGGUGGAUUUUGUGAGGAAUUUGGAGAUUGAGACGCUGGAUUAUGGAACCUUCCAUCUCUACCCUGAGUCCUGGGGGUAUGAGUACGCCUGGGGCAGCGAGUGGGUGCGCCAGCAUGAUGCCGUCGGACGGAGAUUCGGCAAGCCUGUGGUGUUUGAGGAAUAUGGGACGCCGAUUAACCAUACGCAGCUUGAACGGCCGUGGCAGUUGACGACGUUAGAGGAGACGCAGGUUGCAGCGGACUUUAUCUGGCAGUUUGGGACUGUGCUUCCUAUUGAGGGAACCAAAUGGGGGGAUGUCAAUUCUAUAUACUACGGGACGGAGGAGUAUGAGGUCCUUGGGUUCCAGCAUGCAGAGGAAAUGCUUGCAAAGCGUGUUAAACAUCGUUAA